UCUAAUCGUUUAAAUUAUGUCCAACGUGUAUAUCACAUAAAGAUUAAAAACAAUAUUCCUCCGAUAACGAUUCACAUUCAGAGCCUAUAUAAAUCGAUUUAAAGAAGUGACAUGAAUUAGUCCCGACAAAUAAACGCUUUAACUGCUAUCGAUUGGUUUUUCUAGUCGAAUAAAGUUUUUGAAUUUUUUCUUUGGAAAAAAUCGCGGACAUGCGAUAUGAUGUCCUUAAAAUAUAAGUUCGGUUUAAUUUUAGGAAUUUUAUUAAUUAGUGGAAAUUUAGUAUCUAGUCAAUGGCCGGAACAUCUCAUGAAUUGUUAUACCUGCGAGGGUGAUUGUACUCGUAAAUUUGGAACUAUCAACACAUGCACUGGGAAUGCCAAACAAUCAUGUGUUUCAGUUUUUAGUGAAGAUGGAACAUCUGUCAUUGCUCGAGGAUGUAGUGACAAAAUUGCUGAAAAAUAUGCUACAUACUGUAAUGAAAAUAGUGACAGCUGUCUAAGUUGCUCGAAUUCAAAUACUGGUUGUAAUAAUGUUGUUGGAAGAAGUGAAUACGUGCCUUGCUUGUCAUGUAAUUCAUGGACUGAUAAAAAUUGUGUUACCAAUCCAAGUUUAAUUACAACAACAAAAUUGUGUCAGGAGUCUUGUUUGGUAGCAUUCUAUGCUGAAAAUGCAACAGAUUCAAAUUCACCAUACGUCCUGUCACGAACAUGUAACGAACAAAUUGAAGUUAUGGACAUGUGCUCAAAAGGCAAAGAUGCUUCCUGUAAAACUUGCAAAGGUAGCAAAUGUAAUGUAAAAAAUGUACCAGAAAAUCGCUCGAAAUGUUACAAAUGUUAUGGUGACGAUUGUGAAGAUCCAAAAAGUGAGCUAUGUGUCAAUUAUGCUGAAGAUGAGCAGUGUUACUUUAAGUUUGACGAUCAAAACGAUAUUAUAAGAUUGGGUUGCCGCAGUGAUUUGGAACCAGAAGAUGUAGUGGCACAGGUUAAGAGUAAAAAUUUACUACUUUGCGAUGGAUCAGAAUGUAAUUUCUUUGAUAAAUUGCCACGUGAAUCACAUUGUAAAGUGUGCAAUUCGGAAACAGAUGAAAAUUGUGCUAUUGAUGCAAGUAAAAUAGCAAAGAGUGCAACAUGUAGUAUGCCCUAUUCACAGUGCUAUUCUAUGGUAUCUGGUGGAAAGACAAUUCGAGGAUGUAUAACUGAUCUGUCAGAUGACGCAUUUUAUGAAUGUUUGACCAAUGGUGGCAAAAACUGUCAACCAUGCAGCGGAGAAAACUGCAACGAACAGAUUUUUAACAACACCGUGGUGAAAAAUGAAAAUAUCGGAGAUCCAGGUUAUUGGCAAGGACUACCACUAAAUUGCUACACUUGUGAGGGAGAUCAUUGUGCCACAUCGAAUGGUUUAAUAAGAAAAUGUCAAGAAAACGAUUUGCAGACGUGUACUACUGUUUUCAGUAAAAAUGGUCAAGUAAUCGCACGUGGAUGUAGUGAUGACGUGGCACAAAACCAUGAAGCCUAUUGUGAAGCAAACCCUAGUGAUUGCCUGCAGUGCAAGUCGAGUGGAUGCAAUAUAGCAGUUAGUAAAUCCGAAUAUAUUGAUUGUAUAUAUUGUGAUGCAAAAACUAAUGCAAAGUGCAAUAUUGACAUUCAAAACGUCAAUACAACUCGUAAAUGUCAUAAAGCUUGUAUGACAGCAUUAUAUCCUCGCACUUCGGACAUUGAUCCUGCAUAUAAUUUAAUAAGAACAUGCUUGGACGAUAAAGACUUGGAUGAUCGUGAGACAUGUGAUUCGGAUCCAUUGUGUCGCAGUUGUUCUGACAGUUCGCUUUGUAACACUCAAUUACUCCCCGAGGUGAGAAAUGUAUGUCAACAAUGUUCAGGUGAAACAUGUCAAACACCCACAGCAAAAGAAUGUCAAUCGUAUACUGCAAAUGAACAGUGUUUUAUUAUGUUUGAUGAUGAAAAAACGACAAUUUCUGAAAUGGGCUGCAAAAGUGAUUACGAUCCAGAAGAUAUUCUAUCAUUUUUGGUAUCAAAGAGAUUAUAUUUAUGCGAUGGUGAUGAUUGUAAUAAACUUGAAAAUCUACCACAAACACAUUCGUGUCGUUUGUGCAAUUCUCGAACAGAUAAAUUUUGUGCUACAGAACCGAAAAAUGUGGCAUCAUCAACUGUAUGCAAUCAACUGCCAAUUACUAGCUGUUACACAAGGCUUUUGAGUGAUGGACACACUGAACGUGGAUGUCUUUCCAGUUUAGAUGAUGAUCAGUUUUUAAAAUGUUACAAUAAUAACACAACUGAAUGUAGUAUUUGUGAUAAAGCUGUUUGCAAUGAUGAGGUUUUCCCAUCGGAUAGAAUUGCUUGUCAUACAUGCAACUCAGCUGAGGAUUCAACUUGUGAGACAACCCCAAAGCAUACCACCAUUUGUAAUCCUUACUCAAGUCGUCAAACUUGCAUUACAACCUUAAACGAUGGAAUCACUUAUCGUGGUUGCAGUUCAGAUCUGUCAUGCAGAAAUUCAAGUGAUCCAUUUACGUGUCGCAUAUGUAAUACAACCGACUGCAACAUACCAAAUUUAAAAAGACUAAGUGAUAUUAAUCCAGGACAAUGGCAAACUUUACCACUCAACUGUUAUACAUGUUCUGGAGCUGAAUGUCAAACUCGUCAAACACGAUUAAAUAUGUGUAUUGGAAAUGACAAUCAACAUUGUAUGACAGUUUUUGACAGCAAUGGAACACUUAUUCGUCGCGGAUGUAGUGAUGUUGUGGAAGAAGAAUACAAUCGAUAUUGUGAUGAAUCAAGUGACAAGUGUUUCAAUUGCAAUUCGAAUGGUUGUAAUAAUGCUACUAGUUUAAAUGAAUACAUCGAUUGUAUUCACUGCGAUUCAAGAAUAAACAAAAAUUGUGUUCAAGAUUUGACAAGUAUUGGCUCGAAACGUCGAUGUAAUACAGCAUGUAUGGUUGUAUUACAUCCAAGAAAAGAAACUUCAAUAUUCGAUCUGUCACGAUCAUGUCUCGAUGACAAGGACUUAGAUGAUCGCGAGGCAUGUGGGAGUGAUGAAUCUGUAUGUAGAAGCUGCACUUCAGAUAACUGUAAUCUAAAUGACGUUUUCGAUGAUCGUUUGGAAUGUAAUUCAUGUUCGAAUGGAAAUUGUGACAGCCCGAUUUCAUUGAAAUGUGCUGCUUAUGUCAAAAAUGACACUUGUUAUAUUCUUUUUGAUAGAGAUAGCACUGUCAAACAAACUGGAUGCACAAGUGAAUUCACUGCAAAUCAACUCGAACAAAAUAUAGAUAAAAUUAUUAGAUGUAGUGGGAAAAAUUGCAAUGAUUUAUCCAUUAUUCCAGAACCACAAAUGUGUUAUACUUGUGAUUCAUUGAAUGAUGAAAAGUGUGCAACAUUACCAAAUGAUUUAACGGUAGUCAAUGAAUGUAACAUUUUGCCAAAUGUUGACUGUUAUGUUAGGGUGAAAUAUGAUGGAUCUACAACAAGAGGAUGUGUUACAGAUUUAAGUAUAACACAACGACAAAAUUGUCUAAAUGGCAAUGAUGAAAAAUGUUUAAGUUGUUUUGGAGAUAAAUGCAAUUCAAAGGUAUUCCCCGAAGAUCGUCUAAGCUGUCACAAAUGUAACUCAAUUGACGACCCUAGCUGUCAAGAUAAACCCAAUUCUCCAGUCGUUUGUCCUGUGUACUCAUCAGAUGAAGUUUGUAGUUCUAAACUUGUAAAUGGUGACACCUACAGAGGUUGUAGCAGUGACUUUACAUGUGAUGAUUUUGACAAGCAAUAUUGCAAAAUGUGCAAUACAUCCAAUUGCAAUGUUGCCAAUUUAUACGAAAAUAACAUUGGUUAUCCAGGAAAUUGGCAAGAUUUACCAAUCAACUGUUAUACUUGUAAUGGUGGUCAAUGUGACAACAGUGCCACAUCACCCUUGAGAAAAUGUGAAAAUAAUAAUAAUCAAAAUUGUGUGACAGUUUAUAGUGUGGCCGGAGCAGUUGUACAACGUGGAUGUAGUGAUUUAAUUUUGGAAGGACAAUAUGAUCAUCAUUGUGAUUUACACCCUGAAUUAUGCAUCCAUUGUAAAUCAUCAGGAUGUAAUAAUGGCAAAAAUUUAGACGAAUAUGUAGAUUGUUUAUUCUGUGAUUCAACAACAAAUGCCAAUUGUGCAACCAAUGUGGCAGCAAUUACAAAAACAAGAAAAUGUAAAGACAAAUGUAUGACAGCUUUGUAUCCAAGAUCUGCUGAAUCUAAUUCAGCAUUAGAACUGUCACGAUCAUGUUUGGACGAUAAGGAUCCCGAUGAUCGUAUUGAAUGUGAAAAUGGUAAUGAUCCACGUUGUAAAGCUUGUCAAGGUCCCAAGUGUAAUACUGACAAACUACCAGAAAAGCGUCUUUCAUGUCUUCGUUGUUCGGGUGAUGAGUGUGAAGAUCCAACUGAGGCAAUUUGUCCAGCAUAUAGAGACAAUGAUGUUUGUUAUAUUUUGUUUGACAAUUCAAAUGACAUUGCACAAAUGGGUUGCCAGAGUGAUUUUGACAAUUCGACACUGCAAUUGCUACGCAAGAAAAUGCUCUUCUGUGAUGGUGAUAAUUGUAAUAAUUUUGAUAUAAUUCCAAGUUCACACAGAUGUGUGGAAUGUAAUUCAGCGGUGGAUCCUAAUUGUGCCUCAAAACCAGAUUCGUUGAUUAAUUUUGCACAUUGUACCAGUCUGCCAUAUACAGGAUGUUUUUCAAAAAUUAAUGCUGAUGGUCACACUGAACGUGGCUGUUUAGCUGACUUGGAAAUGGAAACAAUUGACAAAUGCAUUGGAAGCGGCGAUGAAAUCAAGUGUAGCACUUGUGAUAGCGAAAAUUGUAACAAUCAGCUUUAUCCAGAGAACCGUCAAAUAUGCUACCGCUGUACAUCAGAUGACGACGAAUUUUGUCAGACCACUCCUGUCAAUUCUGGUGCUUGUCUCCUCUAUGAAGAGAACGAUCAAUGUGGUGUUGAAAUAAAUGGUAACAACACACAUCGUGGUUGUAGUUCAGAAAUGAAUUGCAAUGGUGAAGAUCGUGAAACUUGCCGGAUAUGCUCAGCCAAUAAUUGUAACACAGUUGAUCUUUUGUCAAAUUAUAUUGGUAAACCUGGUCAAUGGCAAGAUUUGCCACUAAACUGUUAUAAAUGUGAAGGAACUACCUGUCAAACAUCACUUGGAAGUUUCAGUAUGUGUGAUAAUAAUAAUUUGCAAAAAUGCGAAACAGUAUUCGAUAGCAAUACAAAAUUAGUUGUACGACGUGGUUGUAGCGAUGAAGUUGCAAAAACACACGGUGACUAUUGUGACGCAAACAGUGGAAUGUGUCAACAAUGUAAGUCAAACGGUUGUAAUAAUGUUCGUCAAUUUAGCGAAUAUAUGGAUUGUGCUUUCUGUGAUACCACAACCAAUCCGGAUUGUGUUCUUAAUCCAACCGAUGAUGGUAUUACGACACGUAAAUGUAAGGAACAAUGUAUGGUAGCUUUGUUCCCAAGAUCAUCCGAAGAAGAUCCCUCAUACGAGCUGUCACGAUCAUGUCUCGAUGACAAGGAUCUGGAUGACAGAAAUGUUUGUAUUGAGGGCAAAGAUUCUAAAUGUAAGGCAUGCACUGGGGCGAGCUGUAAUACUAUGGAAUUCCCACUUGAACGUCACGAAUGCUGGUCAUGUCGUGGUGAAGAUUGUGAUGAUGCUCAAACUCAGGAAUGUGUUACCUACCAUCCAACCGAUCAAUGUUACAUUUUGUUUGAUAAUACAAGUUCUAUUGUUGCAAUGGGCUGUCGAAGUGAAUAUGAACAUCAAGCUGUUACCAGCCUGGUUCAGUCCAAGCAACUUUUACUAUGUAACGGAAAGAAUUGUAAUUCUUAUGAAAGUAUUCCUACUGUACAAUCUUGUAUAGUUUGUCAUUCCGCAACUGAUCCACAAUGUGCCACAAAUCCUAAUUUAAUUGUCAAUGCAAACACUUGCUCGGAUCUUCCAUACACAGGGUGUUACACACUCAUUAAUGAGGAUGGUGACACCGUACGUGGCUGUCAGUCUUCUUUGGAGAGUUCAGAAUUUUAUGGCUGUCAUACACAAUCGAAUUCAGCUUGCAGCACUUGCUCAGGAAACAAUUGCAACAGUGAAGUAUACCCCACUGGCAGAACAACAUGUCAUCGUUGCAACUCUUUAGAUGAUGGUGAAAACUGUGCAACAUCCCCAUCAAGCAAUGGUGUCUGCCCUAAAUUCAUCGAAAACGAAUCAUGUGUGACAAGCUACAAAAAUGGCGUUACAUACCGUGGUUGUUCAUCCGAAUUGUCAUGUGAUGCGUCCGAUAAGAAAACAUGUCGCAUCUGUUCGGGAUCAGCUUGUAAUACUGUCAAUUUGCAACAUGUUGCUAAGGAUGGCGAACCAGGCAAGUGGCAAGAUUUGCCAAUCAAAUGUCAAACUUGCAAAGGUGACGCAUGCAAACAGUCUAUAAUUCCUGUUGAAGUUUGUUCAAACAAUAACCUGCAAAAUUGUGUGACAGUAUUUAAUGCUCAAAACGAAGUUGUUGAACGUGGUUGCAGUGAUAGUGUCAAUGAAAAUCAAGAAAGUUAUUGCGAACAAAAUAAUGACAAGUGUUUCCGUUGUAAUUCAAAUGAAUGCAACAAAGCCACAAGUAUAAAUGAUUAUAUCCCAUGUUUGUCAUGUGACACCAGUGCUAACGCUUCGUGUGUGACAAGCCCGGAAUCUUGGAAAAAUACCCGAAUGUGUCACAAGGGAUGCAUGACAGCACUUUAUCCUAAGGCAACCGAAGAUGAUCCAGCUUACGAAACUGUACGAUCAUGUUUGGAUGACAAGGAAGUCGUUGAUCAGACAACUUGUUCAGCUGGAACAGAUGAAUUAUGUCAAUCGUGUCAAGGUCGUGAAUGUAACGUAGUUAAUAUUCCCCGAGAUCGUAGAAGCUGUUACCGUUGCUCUGGAGACGAUUGUCAAUUGCCAAAGCAAGAACUCUGUUCGGGUUACAGGAAGAACGAUCAAUGUACUUUGAUGCUUGACGAUCAAAAUAGCGUUAUCGAAGCUGGUUGCAAGAGUGAUUUUACUAACGAUCAAGUUGUAGCACUGAUCAAGAACAAACGACUUUUGCUAUGCGAUGGAGACAAUUGUAAUACAUUUGAAUCAGUACCAAGUAGUCAAAAAUGUAACUUGUGUAACUCAAAGACUGAUCCAAACUGUGCUAUUCAACCAAGCGCUAUUGAUAGUCCCACUACUUGCAAUCGAUUGCCAUACACCCAAUGUUACACUCGUGUUUUGAGUGAUGGCGCAACUGAACGAGGAUGUCUAUCAAGUUUGGAAGACGAUGAAUUCUUUAAUUGCUUGAUUGGAAACUCAACCACAUGCAAAUCUUGCGUUGGUGACCAGUGUAACAGAGAUAUUUACCCAGAGGGUCGUAAAUCAUGUCAAAUUUGUGACUCUGGAUCCGAUCCUAACUGUCAUUCCAACCCCAAUAGCCUUAGUAUUUGUCCAAAGUAUUCCGAGAAUGAUUCUUGUGUUACAUCAUUCACUGCUGGAACAACUUAUCGUGGCUGUGAAACAGAUAUCCAAUGUGAUCCAUCAGAUAAAAAGAAGUGUAGAGUUUGUACUGCUGAUGGUUGUAAUACUGUCAAUUUGGAACGCAAACAAGAUGAUAACUAUGGCAAAUGGCAAGAUCUGCCACUUGAAUGCUAUGAAUGCAAAGGAGAAGAAGAAUGUAGUCGUGCCCUUAGUAAUCCAAAGAAAUGUCAAAAUAAUAACGAACAGGACUGUUCGAUUGUGUAUAAUGAAGAAGGUGUUGUUAUAUAUCGGGGAUGUAGUGAUGAUGCUGAUGAAGAACACGAAGCUUAUUGUGAUGCCAAUGUUGAUCUCUGCUUCAAUUGCAAAUCAAAUCGUUGUAAUGGAGAAAUAUCACCUAGUGAAUUUAAUGAAUGUGUUUAUUGUGACUCGAACAAGGAUAAAUCUUGUGUCACUAAUCCCCUUUCACCACUACUAAAAUCACGUUAUUGCACGAGUCCUUGCAUGGCAGCAUUGUAUCCGUCAGAUUCCAGUUCAAAUCCAGGAUAUGAAUUAAUUAGAACAUGUUUGAAUGAUAAGGAAAAAGAAGAUCAAAGCAAUUGUGUCGAACCUGACUGUCAGUCUUGUUCUGGCAACAAUUGUAAUAUUGAUGACGUUCCUGAAAAUCGUCUACGCUGUCACUCGUGUGAAGGUGAAAACUGCGAAAACCCUGUGUCAGAGUUGUGUCCCUUGUACAAAAAAGAUGACAAAUGCUUUGCGAGAUUUGACACUUCCAAUAGUAUAACAGAAAUGGGUUGUUUGAGUGCGUUCAGAAAUCAAGAUAUUGCCGAUAUUUUGAAGACCAAACGAGUAUAUAUUUGUGAUGGUGCAGAUUGUAAUUCACAAGAUAGGUUGCCACAGGCACAAAAAUGUGUCACUUGUGACUCACGUGAUGAUGUUAACUGUGCUAUAGAUGCUCAUCAAAUUGGAACAGUUGAAAUGUGUAAUUCGAUGCCAUAUACUCACUGUCAAACAAGUAUUGCUUCAGAUGGAACAACCUACAGAGGCUGUUUGGCUGACCUUUCUACAGAUGACUUCGUCAAUUGUCUUCUCUCAGGAAAUGACACAUGCACACAAUGUGUCGGCAAUGUAUGCAACAGAGAGACCUUCCCCGCCAAUCGACUUCAAUGCUACUCAUGUGAUUCCGAAACUGAUAGAGAUUGUGAAGAUAUUCCAACAAAAUUGUCAAGCUGUCCAUAUAUCAGAGAGAGUGAAAAAUGUGUUACCGCAUUGGGUGGUAAUCGAACAGAUCGUGGUUGUAGUUCUCAAGUACUUUGUGACACAACAGACAAGAGCACCUGUCGACACUGUUCUGGAAGUGGUUGUAACACACUAAAUCUAAUGAACCAAAUGAAUGAUGAUGGAAAUCAUGGAAUGUGGCAAGAGCUUCCUCUUAAAUGUCAUAACUGCACUGGUGAAGAAUGUUUGAAAUCUCUGGGUCCAUCUGUCAUUUGUGCAGGUGGUGACAACCAAGAUUGUGUGACAGUGUUUAAUCAAGAAGGGGUUGUGGCUCGACGAGGAUGUAGCUAUGAUGUCGAAGACGAAAAAGAUCUCUAUUGUAGACAAAAUCCUGACAAAUGUAUUAGUUGUAAAUCAAAUGAAUGUAACGAUGGUUGGGAAUUGAAUGAUUUUGAAACUUGUGCCUAUUGCAAUUCAGCAAUUGAUGCAUCGUGUGUAACUCAUCCUGAUCGAAGUGGCUACGCAACAAGGAAAUGUCAAAAGGGUUGUAUGGCUGCAUCAUACACAGCAUCAAAUGGCACAACUCAAGUUAUACGAACUUGUUUGGACGAUAAGGAAGUUCAAGAUCGUUACCAAUGUAGUGCUGAGGAUGCAACAUGUUCAAGUUGUAAUGGAGACGCAUGUAACUUAUUCAAUUACCCUCGGGAUCGUUUGAGUUGUCACGUUUGCUUGGGUAGCACUUGUAUAAACACUGUUGAAGAAUAUUGUGCAGCUUAUGUCAAAGAUGACAAGUGCUAUGCAAAAUACGAAAAUGGCAAUGUUCAGCUCUCGGGUUGUUCGUCCGAUCAUGACAGUUCGGCUCUUCAAGAAUGGAGAGAAAAGAAUCAACUUUAUGAUUGUUCGGAAGGCAAUUGUAAUGCACCCGGAAAACUGCCAACUUCUCAAAAUUGUGUUGCUUGUGAUUCAAGUAGGAAUCCCGAAUGUGCAACAAAUCCAUCAAUUGUUAAUCAAACAGAUCUUUGCUUUGCACCAAUUAAUUCAUGUAUAACGAAAAUUUCAAACAAAGAUACGCUUCGUGGAUGUCUUAAUUCACUGUCUUACAAUGAGCAAUCCGUUUGCGGUACUGGUUCGGACUUGUGUGAGAAAUGUUCUGGCGAUAAGUGUAACUCAAAGAUUUAUCCAAGUGGUAGACGUUCAUGUCAUAUUUGUCAAUCUGACAAACAUGAUCAAUGUGUUAAGGACCCGAACUCAUUAUCAGUAUGUCCAAACUAUUCACAAAGCAAUCAAUGUGCUGUCACAUUUGAUGGCACUCUCACACGACGUGGUUGUACUACAGAAAUGACAUGUGAUGUGACAGAUGAUAAACAUUGUAAAAUAUGUGACGAAGAUGGUUGUAAUACAUAUCAAUUGGAUGGAGUUGGUACAAUAUUUGCCAAUAAUCUUCUAUUGACAGUUGUGGUGGCAAUUGUCGGUUUGAGAGGUGUCACAAGCAAAUGGAUCUAAAGCAGAAGAAGAAGAUAUUAACAAAAUGUCAGAAUGAUGAUGAUUAUUUUUGGUCUUUGACUAUCAUUGUAUAUUAUCAUAUAAUAUAUUAUUAAUAUUGAAAUAGUUUAAAUCAAAAUGUAUGUAAUGUAAUUUAAUUUAAAAAACAAAAAUUGAACACCUUUUUUUUUAAAUAAAAUCUAAAAUAAAUAUGGUUCAUUCAUAUUUUGUUUUAA